AUGCCAAUCCCUCCUCCUGCCAUUCCUCCUGUAGCCGGUGCGUUGUACGCUGGAGCAGCCCACCUUGCCGCUCAUGCCGCUCCUCUGCUACCCGACGUCCUGACCCUGUCGUAUGCUUCCAUUUCCGUCUGGCUGCUCCGGUUUAUCUGGAAAAACAAGGUUCCCGAGUGGGCCAAAGAAGACGUCUCGUUCCGCAACCUGCUGUCUAAAAAGAAAACACCAAAUAACGAUAAUGACAAUAAUGACAAGGAUGAAACCGAAUUGUCAGCAUCGGAGCGAGACGAGUUGGAAAUGGCCAACUUGUCAUCCAUUCUCGUCAAGCUAAGAGCGUUGGUGCAAUCGGUGGAGUUGGACGAUGAUCAUCCCACUCUACUGCAACAACACGCUGCCCUACUCGCAUAUAUCCAGCUGUGUGCCCAAAUCAAACGACAGGAAAUCGAACAAUUCGCUGAUAAAGGAGAGGGAGAACACGAAAAUAGUGAUGAACAUGAGGAUGAUGAACAGGAUGAAAAAAAGGUUGAGGAGGCCCCUUCUUCUCCUCGUGAAGAGCAAGAAGAAGAAGAAGAAACCGCAACAAAAAAGUGGAAAUCCCGUGAUCACCUCUUUGAAAUUUCUUCAGGUCUCUCCUCCUCGGAUCACACUCUUCCACACGAAUACAAGGAAUUCUGUGCAAACCCCAAAGCUUCCCCCCUCUGGCCAAAGCUUCAAAAGCAACUCAACUUUGCAACCUGGGCGUACUAUGAUGACGCUGAAAGCUUGUCCGAACGAUUGGCCCAUGAAGACUUUUGUCUCUUGCAACAUUCCUUGCGGCCGUCACGACCAGGGCAUGUUGCGUACUAUGUCGCCAUGUCUUCCGCUUCCCAGAAGCAACUGGUGGUGGGAAUUCGCGGAACAUCCUCCUUGGAAGAUAUUAUCACGGAUGUCUGUGGACGAUCCGUGCCCUUGGACGAUCGUCCCUAUUACUACGAUCAUGAUAAAGGAUCCACCCGCAAUCAGGCAAACAACGAUCAUGACCCGUCACGGAUUGAAGUGACUGUGGCUACACCAACCGAAGAAGAACAUGAAAUCACCACCCACACGCAAGGCGUGGAAAUUAUUCCAGGGAAUCAAGAACAAAUUAUGGUGGAACGGCAUCGAGUACACUCUACCACUUCCGCGACAAACGACGAAAGAACCGACAAUUCGUAUCAACCGCUUCUAUACUGUCAUGAAGGAAUCAUGGUAUCUGCCAAACGAUUGGUGGACAGCAUCCAAGACCAAGUGGAGUACUGGUGUGUCAAACGAAACUAUCAGCUUGUGCUUGUUGGUCACAGUUUGGGCGCUGGAGUCGCUUCCUUGACCGGAGUUCUCUUGCGACUUAGAAUUCCUGAAUUGACUCUUCAGAAAGACGGAGAAACACCCCGCAUGCACGUCUUUUGCUUUGCCCCGCCUCCCGUGCUUGAUAAGGAUGCCUCCUUGGCCUCUACCAGUUACACAACCAGCAUCGUAGGCAAUGCGGACAUGAUUCCUCGAUGUUCUCUGGUGAACCUGCUCAUUCUGUUGGAGAUAUUGAAGGGUAUUUGGAAGGAGCUACAACAGCAAGACUUGGCUCCCACGGGGGCCAAGACAACAGCUGCUUUCUUCAAAAGGCUAGCAAAAGGAACUGAAGGAGUCGAACCGUUAAUGUCGGCUUCAGCUGUACGAACGCUCAUGUCCGAAUCAGCGGAUAAGGUCCACAACAAGGGGUCUGAUGGAAGCAAUGAAGUUGAUGAUCAUUCCGCCAAAGGCCAAGUACCGGUAGGGGAACAGAUGCAGGACACAACAACUGAAACCAGAAUUCAAAGCGAAGACAUUGUCAAUCACAACUUGUUCAUUCCUGGUGUUGUCUUCCUUGCCUACGAACCAUACUCAGUCCUUACUACAAGCGAUAACGCACGAGAAACUCUGGCACGAGAUAACACGACAACUGAAGCAAACGAAAGUUCUCUCGCAGCACAACCCUGCAUGUCUUGGAUUUUAACCGAUGGACAUGCGCCAGCUUUGCAGCACUUGGAUGGCUUGGAUAGUCGAAUGUUUGUGGACCACACAACGACAGCUUACUACUCACUGUUGGAUCUGGAAUAUAUCUUCUAG